AUGGAGCCCCUGAUUAAACGCCAGAGUUCUCAAAUGCUCAGUGGUCAUACAACCAUUCACAGACCUCUUCAGAUGGAGCGGGCCUACGCUCACAGUGUCAGCGGAGGGGCAGGCGGCCAUGGGACCAGGAUCUCCACUGUCACCUACGGCACACGGGUUGGCAGCAGCUUCGGCGGUGGGUAUGACUACCAAUCCUUGUCCUCUGGGUCCACUUCUGGAACCCUGGGCAUCGCGAACGAGAAGCUAGCCAUGCAGCACCUGAACGACCGCUUGGCCAGCUACCUGGAGACGGUCAAGAAUCUGGAGAAGGCCAACAGCAAGCUGGAGAUCAAAAUCAGAGAGACCAUCGAAAAGAAGGGCCCCUUGGAGGGGAGAGACUACAGCAAGUACAACACCAUCAUUGCAGGGCUGAGAGCAAAGAUUUUUGACAUGAUCAAGGGAAACGCACACCUUGCUAUCGCUCUUGACAACGCACGCCUGGCUUCAGACGACUUCAGAGUCAAGAUGGAGUACGAGUUGUCCAUGCGUCAAACAGUGGAGGCCGAUGUUGCCAGACUGAGGAAGCUUCUGGACGACACCAACGUAAUUCGUCUGCACCUGGAGAGUGACAUUGAGUCUCUAAAGGAAGAGCUGAUCAACCUGAAGAAGAAUCAUGAGAAUGAUGUUGCUGAAUUGCGUGCCCAGAUCACCCAAGUUGGCGUCCAUGUGGAUGUUGACGCUCCUAAAGGACAGGACCUGGCCAGGAUCAUGGAGGAAAUGAGGGCCAAGUAUGAGAAGAUAGCGCUGAAGAACCAGGAGGAGCUCAAAGCAUGGCACGAAUCUCAGAUCACAGAGGUGCAGGUCCAAGUGACUGAGAGCACAGAAGCUCUGAAGGAGGCCACGAGUGUAAUGACUGAAACUAGGAGGAGGUAUCAGGCACUAGACAUUGAACUGCAGUCUGCCCUCAGUCUGAAAGCAUCCCUGGAGGCCACACUCCGUGACAUCGAGAUGCGUUACAACAUGGAGGUGGAAAAGUACAACGCCAUCAUCCUGAGGCUGCAGGAGGAGCUGACUCAGAUCCGCAACGACAUCCAGCAUAACACAAGAGAGUACGAGCACCUGCUCAACAUCAAGGUGAAACUGGAGGCCGAGAUUGCCGAGUACAGGAGGCUGCUGGAUGGUGGGGCGACCUUAAAACUGGAGGAUGCAAUUGAUCAGAAGACAGUCCAGACUAAGGUGGUUACGGUCACUCAGACUCUGGUGGAUGGCAAAGUGGUGUCAGAGAGCAAGGAUGUUAAAUCCAGUGAAAAAGUAGUGUAG